GUCACCCCUUCAUCAUGACCGUGGGCUGCGUAGCUGGUGAUGAGGAGUGUUAUGACACCUUCAAAGAUCUUUUAGACAUUGUCAUCAGUGACCGCCACGGAGGCUACAAGGCCACCGACAAGCACAAGACCGACCUGAACCAUGAAAACCUGAAGGGCGGUGAUGAUCUGGACCCCAACUACGUGCUCAGCAGCCGCGUGCGGACCGGCCGUAGCAUCAAGGGCUACACCCUGCCUCCCCACUGCAGCCGGGCUGAGCGCCGGGCCGUGGAGAAUCUGUCCAUCAAAG